UGACCAGUUUAGUUCUGGUUGGCAGCCGAGCCGCAUGCUGCGCAGGGUCCAAGGAUGAUACGAUAAUCAUCCUUCAACUAGCUUACGGCGCUCAUUCAACCGAUCAAUUCGAUGAAUGAACGAAAAAAUAACACAAGAUAAUUCUACGGCAAUGUGUUCGGCUGUUGACAAGUCACAUUAGUGCUAGUGCAAUUUAACAAUUCUGGGAAGCAGACAACUAACAAUCACGUGCGCCGCUCAACUUCUACAUGUCACUGCUAAUUAAUGUGUUAUUCCUAAAUCACGAAAUAUAAAAAAUUAAAUUUGCACAGUGGAAGAUAGAAUUGAAUUUAAAAUCAGAGAUAAUAACUUGAUCAUGGGAAAUGUAAUAUCUGGAAACACAAAGUGAAUGGUAAAUGCUACCUUUCUGAUUGCAAAUGCCACUCGUGCGGUAUCCUCGAGCAAAAAUCGCAGUAAUGCUCGCGUGACGCGUUCGCAAUCACACGAACAGCUCAUUUCUUUUUCUAAUGAUAUUUAAUCUGAGUGCUACAAGCUCAGGAUCCGAUAAAAUUGGUCGAUAAAAUUGUUUGCCGCCUCGCUGCGCGGGAAAAUCUGAAAAGUGAACUCGUUCGAACGCGUGUUUUAAGCGACUGCGGUCUACGCAACUUGGUAAAUGACACUUGUGAAAUCAACGCACACAUUUUCACCGCUCCGAGCGAGAGCUUAAAGGGAAGGAGAAUCGUUAACAGAAACGUUCGUAUGAUUCACUUUCGAGCAAUACUUCGCAAGAGCACUUGUUGAAAAUAUCACCGAUCGCACCGACGAAGCGUUUUUUCAUUUAAGGAAGAUCCAAAGAGCGCGUCUUUGAAGACGAUCAAAGUACCUGGUAAUUUUUAUUUGCUUGGACUUGGAUCCGUUGCAUAAGGAAACAAUAAAGCUACUCGAGGAGUCACGUUGAAGUCACGAAGAACAGAUAUGAGAGCAAGUCGUCAUUGUAGUCCGUAAACGAUGUCGAGCGACAACACGUCUGAUGAUGAGGGAUCGCAGGAGGAUCCGCCGCGAUACGAUAUCGACGAAUUGGAAAUUAUCAAGACUAUCGGCACAGGCACGUUCGGCAGAGUGGUUCUCUGCAGGCAUCAUGAAACGCCUCUCGCUCUGAAAAUUCUCUCCAUGGUCGACGUGAUCAGAUUGAAGCAAGUCGAGCAUUUGCGCAAUGAAAUCUCGAUUCUGAAGGAAGUUAAGCACCCUUUCAUCGUCAACAUGCUAUGGAACAGCAGGGACGAAGCCAGAGUGUACAUGCUUCUGGAAUUCGUCGCCGGUGGAGAGCUCUUCUCUUACCUGAGAGCGGCCGGAAGAUUCGCCGGACCCACAAGCUGUUUCUAUGCGGCCGAAUUAGUUUGCGCUUUGGAAUACCUGCACAAUAAGCAUAUAGUUUACAGGGACCUUAAACCAGAAAAUCUUCUUCUGGACAGUCAAGGCCAUCUCAAAAUUACCGAUUUCGGCUUUUCGAAGAAACUAACGGACAGAACGUGGACCUUGUGCGGUACGCCAGAAUACUUGGCGCCGGAAAUAAUUCAAAGCAAGGGACACAACAAAGCUGUGGAUUGGUGGGCGUUGGGCGUCUUAAUUUACGAAAUGUUGGCCGGAUACCCGCCGUUCUUCGACGACAAUCCCUUCGGGAUCUACGAGAAGAUCCUGAGCGGUAGGAUAGAAUGGCCGAAGCACAUGGAUCCGAUCGCAAAGGAUCUAAUCAAGAAAUUGUUGAUCGCCGAUAGGACGAAGAGAUUGGGAAACAUGAGACAGGGUGCUGAGGACGUCAAGAGGCAUCGAUGGUUCAAAUUAGUCGAGUGGCCACUGGUGCCGCAAAGAGCCUUGACACCGCCGAUAAGGCCACGUGUGAAAGCGCCAGGUGAUGCGAGCUGCUUCGACGAUUAUCCGGAAACCGAUUGGCGUUCCCAGCCACCCUUGCCACCGGAUCAACUAGCUUUGUUCCAAGAUUUUUGACAGCCAAUGUGACGAUAUCGUUGAAUAGUCAUAACAUUCUGCACUCGCAAAUUCACUACAAUACUAUGCUAAAUAGAAGAAGAACUCAUUUUGUGGCAUGAAACAAAUGUGAUCACAAUUCGAUAUCUUUGAUAAUUAAUUUUCUAUUCUGUAUAUAUAGAUGACUUUUUAUAUUUUGUUGCGUAUUAUUUAUUUUUACGCGCUGUCUAGGCUAGGCAUUCCUUUUCAUUGUUUUUGCGAAAUCCUGUAAAUAAAGAUUGAACAUUGAAUGUUAAGUGUGCAUUUCAAUUUUCAUCUAUUUUUUAGAACUGUCAUAUAUAUUGCUGCGCUGUGUGUCAAGUUCAUUAUAUGAAUACAAUCGAUUUUUACUUUCACGCUCGUUGAAAAAUAAAUCUACUUUAAAGUA